AUUAUCAAAACAAAAAAAUAAAUCAGCGGCUCGCACAUUUCCUCGAUUCUACUUAUCGUGUGUUCAUAUAUACCAAACAAAUUCACUACACAACACGCAAUGACCGACGAUUAUCUAAAUAAACCUAUAUCCUUUGGAGCACCGCCGACAUCAGGAAUCGCAGCAAGCCCUCAGCUGCAACCUUUGUCACCGUAUCUAAACUACGAUGCCCGAUACCUUCAAGCGCAACCAGAAUUUAUAUUUCCCGAAGGAGCCUCCAAACAGCGGGGCAGAUUCGAGCUUGCUUUCUCACAGAUAGGUUCCUCAGCGAUGAUAGGCGCCUGCAUUGGCGGUGCGGGAGGGCUGUACAAUGGUAUCAAUGCAACGCGACUAGCUAAACAGACUGGAAAGUUGCGUCGAACACAACUGUUAAAUCACGUUAUGAAGCAAGGUGCUGCGACCGCCAACACGUUCGGUACGAUAGCGGUUAUGUAUUCCGCCUUUGGCGUUGUGUUGCAAUACGCUCGGGGUGAAGACGAUGAAAUCAACACAAUUGCUGCUGGUGGUGCCACUGGACUGCUGUACAAAUCCACAGCCGGACUAAGGAAAUGUGCAAUUGGUGGAGGAAUUGGAUUGGCACUAUCGUCUAUGUACGUGCUUUGGUGUAUGGCUGGUGGUGGUUCGAAAAAGUUGAGCGAUCUUAAAUCACAAUACUUGUAAUCAAAGCAACAAAUCAGGCUAUAGAAUGUACUGUUAAUUUUUAAACAUACUUCAAGUGACAACUGUACCGGGAAUCGUUCAGUGCAGUGUGCUAUCAAAUGUUGGAGUCAUUUGAGAGCAAGCGUGGUUUAACUACGAGCAUUCAGCUAAUUGUGUAUUACCAUAGGCUCAUUUAGGUAGUAGACCAUUCUUCUAAUGUUGCGACAUCGCAUAACUCCAGCACCGUCGUAUAACGCGAAGCAUUACCAGUGAAUAAAUUAAUGAACGGCUUUUGGCUCAUACAGACUAUUGGAGCUACGAAAACACGAUUUUUCUUGAUUUCUAUGGUGAAUUGGGUUUAUUUUUAAUAUUACUUCAAUUUCACUCAGGUUUUGCAAAAAGCAUAACCGUUUCACAGAACUUAAAAGCCUAGACG